GCGCUCCCGGGCGGGGCGCAUGCGCACGGCGCCUCAGUGAUGGAGGAGAGAAGAUGGCGGAAGCGGAGUUUAAGGAACACUGUGCCACAAUGGAGAGCGAACCAAAUCCCACGGCAUCUUCCGGGUCUACGUCUACUAACAGCAGCACCACCAACACCAUCACUACUUCCUCCUCUCGGACGCAGCAACCCCAGAUCUCUGUUUAUAGCGGCUCUGACCGGCAUGCGGUGCAGGUAAUUCAGCAGGCUUUGCAUCGUCCCCCUAGCUCAGCCGCUCAGUACCUUCAGCAGAUGUAUGCAGCCCAACAGCAGCAUUUAAUGCUGCAGACGGCGGCGCUUCAGCAGCAGCACUUAAGCAAUACCCAACUUCAGAGCCUGGCGGCCGUCCAGGCAAGCAUAUCCAGCGGGAGACCACCGACGUCACCUUCGGGGAGCGUCACACAGCAGUCGAGCAUGUCCCAGACCUCCAUCAACCUCUCCACCUCUCCUACACCUGCCCAGUUAAUAAGCCGUUCGCAGGCUUCCAGCUCUACCAGCAGCAGUAUUACCCAACAGACUAUGUUGCUAGGGAGCACCUCCCCUACCUUAACUGCAAGCCAAGCUCAAAUGUACCUCCGAGCUCAAAUGCUGAUUUUCACCCCUGCUACCACUGUGGCUGCUGUACAGUCUGACAUUCCUGUUGUCUCGUCGUCGUCGUCGUCACCUUCCUGUCAGUCGGGAGCUACUCAGGUUCAGAACUUAACGUUGCGCAGCCAGAAGCUGGGUGUAUUAUCUAGUUCUCAAAACGGCCCCCCGAAAAGCAGUAGUCAAGCUCAGUCGCUGACCAUAUGUCACAAUAAAACAACAGUAACCAGUUCCAAAACCAGCCAACGAGAUCCUUCUCCAGAAAGUCACAAGAAAGGAGAGAGCCCCAGCCUGGAAUCUCGAAGUACGGCAGUCACCCGGACCUCAAGCAUCCAUCAAUUAAUAGCACCAGCUUCGUAUUCUCCGAUCCAACCUCAUUCUCUAAUCAAACAUCAGCAGAUUCCUCUCCAUUCACCCCCGCCUCCGAAGGCUUCCCAUCAUCAGCUGAUCCUGCAGCAGCAGCCGCCGAUGCAGCCCGUGACCCUCGCGCCCCCCAACCCGGACCCCCCGCCGUCGCAGCACUGCCUCCCCGUCCAGAGCCACGGCCUCUCCCCGGCCCCCGGCGGCGUCCCGCCCCAGCACUGCUCCCCGAUUCAGAGCCACCCGCCCCCCCUCCCGCUGUCCCCCACCCACUCGCAGGCGGCGGCCCAGCAGUCGGUAGUGGUGUCCCCGCCGCCCCCUCACUCCCCCAGCCAGUCCCCCGCCAUCAUCAUCCACCCCCAGGCGCUCAUUCAGUCCCACCCCCUCCUCCCGUCGGCCCUCCAGGCGGGGCCCGGCGCCGCGCCGCCGCCCGCCCCUCACCAGGUCCAGCCGCCGGGCCAGCCGCUGCCCCUCCCGGCCCACCUGGCCCUCCCGCCCUCCCCCGUGGUCCACGUCGGGUCGCUGCAGCCGUCCGGCCUGGCCUCCCCGGGCCCGCAGGCGGCGGCGGUCCCCCCGCCGGCCCCCCAGCAGUACCCGGGCCUCCAGCACCCCCCGGCGGGCCCCGCCGCCACCCCGCCGCAGCUGGCGGCCUCCUCCCCGCCGGGCCAGCUGCCGCCUCUGCCCCUGCAGUCUAUGCAAGCUCUACAAGUGCAGCCCGAAAUUCUGUCCCAGGGCCAGGUUCUGGUGCAGAACGCCUUGGUGUCCGAAGAGGAGCUCCCGGCCGCCGAGGCCCUGGUCCAGCUCCCCUUCCAGACCCUCCCGCCCCCGCAGACCGUCGCCGUCAACCUCCAGGUCCAGCCGGCCGCACCCGUCGAGCCGCCCGUGGUUUACCAAGUUGAAGAUGUGUGUGAGGAAGAAAUGCCGGAAGAGUCGGAUGAAUGUUCCCGGAUGGACAGAACCCCGCCGCCCCCCACCCUGUCCCCAGCGGCUAUAACUGUAGGAAGAGGAGAGGAUCUGACUCCUGAGGAUCCUUUGCUAGACCAAGUGGAACUUCCCGCAGUGGCAUCGGUCAGCGCCUCGGUGAUUAAGUCUCCGUCAGAUCCUUCGCAUGCCUCCAUUCCGCCUCCUCCUCUCCUGCUUCCAGCUGCCGCAACGAGGAGUAACAGCACAUCUCUGCCUAAUAGCAUUCCAAGCCUAGAAAACAAACCCCCACAGGCUAUCGUCAAACCACAGAUCUUGACCCACGUUAUCGAGGGCUUCGUGAUUCAGGAGGGGCUGGAGCCAUUUCCUGUAAGUCGUUCGUCUUUGCUAGUAGAACAGCCGGUGAAAAAGAGGCCUCUCUUGGAAAGUCAGGUCAUGACUACCAUGUGUGUCCAGCCAGAACUCCAGAAUAAUACCAAGCACGCUGACAACUCAUCCGACACAGAGAUAGAAGACAUGAUCGCCGAAGAGGGACUAGAGGAAAUGGACAGUGAAUUGCUGAAGUGUGAAUUUUGUGGCAAGAUGGGAUAUGCUAAUGAGUUCCUACGGUCAAAACGAUUCUGCACCAUGUCCUGUGCCAAAAGGUACAACGUCAGUUGUUCCAAGAAGUUCGCCCUCAGCCGUUGGAACCGGAAGCCCGAGAACCAAAGCCUCGGCCACCGAGGUCGGCGGCCGAGCGGCCCGGACGGGGCGACGAGGGAACACUUCCUUAGGCAGCUUCCAAUUACUUAUCCAUCUGCAGAAGAAGACUUGACCCCUCGUGAAGACACAGUGCCGUCUGCCAUGACAACUCGCCUGCGCAGGCAAAGCGAGAGGGAAAGGGAACGGGAACUUCGGGAUCUGAGAAUCCGGAAAAUGCCCGAUAACAUGGAUCUGCUGCCAGCUGCGCAAACAGACCCGUCGGUUUGGACGGUUGAUGAGGUUUGGGCCUUCAUCCACAAUCUGCCCGGUUGUCAAGACAUUGCGGAUGAAUUCCGAGCACAGGAGAUUGACGGCCAAGCUCUUCUCUUAUUAAAGGAAGACCACCUAAUGAGCGCGAUGAACAUCAAGCUGGGACCCGCCCUGAAAAUCUGCGCACGGAUCAACUCGCUAAAAGAAUCGUAACGGGAAUGUGAGGCUUUAGACGAGAGCGAUUCUUUAACCAAUUUGUAAAUAAAUAACUCUUAAACAUGUUACUGUUACAGCAGUGUAUACUAAGCAGAUGGAGUCUCCAUCUCUUCUACAUGCAGUUCAGAGAAGAUCAGCCUUCUAGCUCGUCCGUAAUUAGCCACCGUGCAUUUUUUAGCUUCAUAAAAUGGAAGUGGCCUGAAGGAACUGUGACAAUGAAUGAUGGGGUGGAACAGACUUAAGGGAAAAGAAAUCCAAGUCAAAUUGGUCAUUCACGAUAAAGGGUCCUUUUUAAGAUGAUUUCAUUAUUUACAUUUCUUUUCUCCUGAUGCCUUCACCGCUGUUACUACCUUUCCCUUUCCCGAGUAAUGAAUGUUCUGCGAUUUCCCAUGUUAGAGAAUCUUUAGAUUGUGGAAUAGCAGGAGCGAAGAGCCAUAGGGUCUGUGGGACGUUCAAGAACGAGAAAAAUGCUAUGAAGCAUU